GGCACCUGCUCUCCGACGCCCCGCAGUUUGGAGAACGUGAGCGCAUGCGCAGCGGGUGGUUUGGGUGAUGCGCUCUAGAAAGCGGUUGGGAUUUUGCUGUGGAGACGCUGACUGGGUUGCGAUUCGGAGAUGGUGCCUGGUAUGCAAUUCCAGUGGGAUUGGCUGUGCUUCAGUGUCUUGCUGUUCAGUGCAGUAGGUGCAGAAUCUCAAGCUUCAGAAGUUGAAGUGGAAGAUUUUGACAAGAAUUCAGAAAACGCUAAUGUUGAUAAAGGUGCACCAACUCUGGAGGUUGUAUACAAAACCCCGAUGCCUACUGGAGAAGUAUAUUUUACUGAAACCUUUGAUGAUGGAAUCCUUUCUGGGUGGGUUUUAUCUCAGACUAAAAAAGAGGAUACAGAUGAAGAUAUUGCUAAAUAUGAUGGAAGAUGGGAAAUAGAGCCAUUAAAGGAGAAUAUGGUGCCUGGUGACAGAGGAUUGGUAUUAAAAUCAGUAGCAAAGCAUCAUGCCAUAUCAGCUAUGUUAACACAACCAUUUAUUUUUGAUAGUAAGCCACUGAUAAUUCAGUACGAAGUCAAUUUUCAAAAUGGCAUUGAUUGUGGUGGCGCGUAUGUUAAGCUUCUUUCCAAAAGUGAUGACUUGAAUCUGGAAUACCUCUAUGACAAAACAUCAUACACAAUUAUGUUUGGACCAGAUAAAUGUGGAGAAGAUUACAAACUACACUUCAUCUUCAGGCAUAAACAUCCUAAAACUGGAGACUAUGACGAAAAGCAUGCCAAACGUCCUGAUGUAGACCUUAAAAAAUUUUAUACUGACAAAAAGACUCACCUGUAUACUCUCGUGCUGAAACCUGACAACACCUUUGAAGUGUCAAUUGACCAAACAGUUGUUGGCAAAGGAAGUCUCCUGGAAGACAUGGUUCCACCUGUAAACCCCCCUGAAAAAAUAGAUGAUCCCAACGACAAGAAACCUGAGGACUGGGAUGAAAGAGCUAAAAUUUCUGAUCCGAAUGCUGUCAAGCCAGAGGAUUGGAAUGAAGAUGAGCCUCCCAACAUAGAAGAUCCUGAUGCUGUUAAGCCUGAUGAUUGGCUAGAUGAUGAACCAGAAUAUAUUCCAGAUCCCAGUGCCAAAAAACCAGAGGAUUGGGAUGAGGAAAUGGAUGGUGAAUGGGAAGCCCCUCAGAUUCCUAAUCCUAAAUGUGACAAGAGUGUAUCUGGCUGUGGAGAAUGGGUACGCCCUCUAAUAAGCAAUCCAAACUAUAAAGGAAAAUGGAAACCACCAAUGAUGGACAACCCUAAUUAUCAGGGAAUAUGGAACCCUCAAAAAAUCCCUAAUCCUGAUUAUUUUGAAGAUCCUCAUCCUUUUCGGAUGACUCCUGUCAGUGCUGUUGGCUUAGAACUUUGGUCUAUGACAUCUGAUAUCUACUUCGAUAAUUUCAUCAUCUGUUCAGACAAAGAAGUAGCUGAUCGAUGGGCAGCAGAUGGUUGGGGAAUAAAAAAAUUGGUUGCAAGUGCUAAUGAACCUGGUAUGUUUAGCCAGCUCAUAACUGCUGCAGAAGAGCGCCCAUGGCUUUGGAUACUUUACGUCUUGACUUUAGCCCUACCUGUAGGAUUGGGCAUAUUAUUUUGUUGGCCAGCCAAGAAAAUAGAUGAAGAUUUGGAGUACAAAAAAACAGAUGUUGCCAAGCCAAUAACAAAAGGUGAAUUAGAACAAGAGAUACAAGGACAGGAUGAAGAACUUGAAGGACCAAAUGACAAUGCUGGUGAUGGUGAUGAAGGUGGUGAAAACGAAGACUCCGAUGAGGAAAAUGACAUUGCUCAAGGAAAUUGUGAAGAAGAGAGUAAUAAAUCAAAUAAAUCUGGCUCAGAGGAUGAGAUGAAAGAAGCAGAUGAAAGCACGGGGUCUGGUGAUGGUCCAGCAAAAUCAGUACGCAAAAGAAGAGUACGAAAGGACUAAGUCGUUUCCAGCUAGUAUUGAUUGCCAGUUGCAGAACAUAGGCAUGCUAUUCUGGUUUACCCACAGCAUGCACGUUGCUGAGUCUUAAAUUCAAGACCAAACUCCAAUAUUUAACCUCCUUUGUCCAUUUUCCAGUCCAGUUAAAACAUUUCAGCUUCCAAAUAAUACCUUUUAAAAGCUCUUGUAAUAUUUUUUGCAAUUUUGGCACAAAUGAGCUGUUUAUACUUCAGAUUAGAAGGAAUAAACAGUUAUCACUUCCACUGGACCCUCCCCGUUCUUAGAGCUGAGGACAAGCAACUUCCUGGCUAAAUGCAAUAACUGUAUUUCGGCCAUCACCUUUUACAUCACCUUUUUUACUGUAAUGUCUGCCUAUUUGUUACUCGUUUUUUGACAUUUGUUACAGUUGCUGUUUUUGUUUUACAGAGAACCAGGUUGUCCUUGAUUAAUAACUGAUAGAUUAGCAUGUUUUACAUUUAAAUGAAAAAAUGUUGCCUAUAUCAGAGUAAAACAAUGUACAGGAGACUUUUCCACAUUUUUAUAGUUGUCAUGUUUUAAGCCAAAAUGGCACAAUCAGUUAACAAAAUAUUUGCUAAGUGUCUAUUGCCUCCUGAAUAAAAUAUUUAAUAUAAUA